UUUUUGCUCUAGAAACAGCAGCAGUCAGACGUGUGGUGUGACUGUUGGAAAACACGGGGGUACAAGCAAGACUACAGUCCCUGACACCUGAGCUAAACCCGGGAGAAAGAAAGCGAAACGACACCGGUACAUGCUGCUCGGUCCCUGUCUGCUCGGUGACAUGGAUGUCCGACAUGGGCUGUAGUCUCCUGCGGCAGGACUGAAGAGGAUGGGCUCAGUGUCCCGGUGCCUGAGGAGAUGUCUCUGGGUCGGCUCCUGCGGCGUGCCUCCUCCAAGGCCUCCGACCUCCUGACCUUUAACCCUGGGGCGGGGGGCUCAUCGCUACGCUCAGGCCUGGAUGGCGAGAUCAUCUUCUCUAAAAAUAAUGUUUGUGUGCACCCUGCAGAACCCCUGCCUGGCCUGGCGGAGCACCACCCAGGCUACCUGUGUGUGCACGUGGAGAAGGAUGAAAGCCUGGGCACCACUUUGAUUCUGACUUGGGUUCCCAAUUCCCGCAUCCAGAGGCAGGACGAGGAGGCGCUGCGCUAUAUCACACCUGAGAGCUCCCCUGUACGCAGGAACGCACGCCGCCGAGGCCGACGACCCCACUCCCGUCCCCCGGCAGCCCAGGAGGAAGAUGAGGAUGAGGAGAGGAUCAUUACCAGCAGCACCUCCACGGAGAGCCACAGCCUGGUGGUGGAGGCUGGAGCAGAUACCUCCUCACACCAGCAGCAGCUGCCUUCGGCUGGGGAGGAAGGGGAUGAGGGCUCCUGCGAGCUGUCCGACGAAGUGAGCAGGGACAGCACCAUGGGUUCUGACUCAGACACCUUCUCCUCCCCCUUCUGCUUGUCCCCUGUCAGUGAGGCCCUCUGUGAAAGCAGCGGCUCUGUCUUCCUAGACAAUGAAACCAGAGAGUUGUGCGAGGAGCCCAUGGCCCAUUCGGCCAGCUCUGCCUCCAGCCUGGAUAGCCACGCCCCAUCUGAGAGCAGCGGGCAGUCGCAGGGCGCACGAUGGGAGGAGCAGCAGAAGGUGUUGGCUCUGGAGCAGUUGUGUGGAGUUUUCAGGGUCGACCUGGGUCACAUGAGGUCGCUCAGACUCUUCUUCAGUGAUGAGGCAUGCACCAGUGGCCAGCUGGUGAUAGCUAGCAGAGAGAGCCAAUAUAAGAUCCUCCACUUCCAUCAUGCUGGCCUGGACAAGCUGGCUGAGGUCUUCCAACAGUGGAAGUGCUGCCGGGAAACUCAGCUUAAAGACCAGGUGUCAGAUGAGAAAUCCUGCAUGCAGUUUUCUAUCCAGAGGCCCACCCUGCCGUCAGCAGAGACCCACCCAGAGGAGAAGCUUUAUCGACGGCUAGAUGUCACCACCUGGCUACGUCAUCUCAACCACACUGGGCAGGUAGAGGAGGAGUAUAAGCUACGCAAGGCCAUCUUCUUCGGUGGUAUUGACCCAUCCAUCCGUGGCGAGGUGUGGCCUUUCCUUCUGCACUACUACAGCUAUGACUCCACCUCUCAGGAGAGGGAGGCCUGGAGACUGCAGAAACGCAGCCAUUAUCAAGACAUCCAGCAGAGGAGACUGUCCAUGAGCCCAGAGGAGCACAGUGAGUUCUGGAGAAAGGUCCAGUUCACAGUGGAUAAAGAUGUGGUGAGAACAGACCGCAGCAACCACUUCUUCAGAGGAGAGAAUAACCCCAAUGUGGAGAUCAUGAGACGGAUUCUGCUCAACUAUGCAGUGUUUAAUCCAGACAUGGGCUACUGCCAGGGCAUGUCUGACCUGGUGGCCCCGCUGCUCACCGAGAUCCAGGAUGAAAGCGACACCUUCUGGUGCUUUGUCGGCCUCAUGGAGAACACCAUCUUCAUCAGCUCACCACGGGAUGAGGACAUGGAGAGGCAGCUGAUGUACCUGCGGGAGCUGUUGCGGCUCAUGCUGCCCCGCUUCCACCAGCACCUGACCAGGCUCGGCGAAGACGGCCUCCAGCUGCUCUUCUGCCACCGCUGGAUCCUGCUCUGCUUCAAACGAGAGUUCCCCGACACUGAGGCUUUGCGCAUGUGGGAGGCCUGCUGGGCACACUACCAGACUGACUAUUUCCACCUGUUCCUGUGUGUGGCCAUCAUUGUUCUCUAUGGGGAGGAUGUGACAGAACAGCAGCUUGCCACUGACCAAAUGUUGCUCCACUUCAGCAACCUCUCCAUGCACAUGAAUGGAGAGCUGGUGCUACGCAAGGCCCGCAGCCUUCUCUACCAGUUCCGCCUCCUACCCAGGAUUCCAUGCAGCCUACAUGACCUUUGUAAACUGUGUGGCCCAGGGAUGUGGGACAGCCGUUACAUCCCCACUGUGGAGUGUUCAGGCGAACACCCAGACUCACAGAGCUGCCCCUAUGGAGGCACCUCAACCCCUCAGCCCUCCUCGCCCUCCCCGUCAUCCACACCCUUGCCUUCACCAAACCCCACCCCCACGCCUCCACCAGAGGGCAAGAAAGGAUCCAAAACCCGGGAUAUUUUCACCUUCCGGAAACAGUCCUGAGGUUGAGGUUAUGGGGAUGCCGGUCUUGGUUAAUGUUAGUACAGCAAAGGUUUGGAUCCAGCAGCUGGAUUCCUGAACUGUUUGCUGCCCUCUGACUCCUAUCCACAGCCCCUGCUUCUAGCUCCACUAUCUUAAUGAGGAUUUUUGUCACUCGAUCCUUUCAUGUGGGGCAUUGUGGAACACUGCCUUACCAGAAUGUUAUUUGCAAUGUUCAGUAUCACAUGAAUCUGCGAUGAGGAUUGUUCGCUGUCGGACAGGCUGGAAGUCAAGAAGCUGCUUUGCUCUCGGAGCAGAACGGACAAUCACCAGCCACUGUGUUGGUCUGGAGCUACUUCAGGUUCUCAUCUGCUGCUGGCUUGGCAUACUUCCAUGGGCUUUGUGGGCAGGGGUCACAUCAGGGUCUGAGGCAACCGGCCUGAAUUCUCUCUGUCUCUGACCACGGGUCAAAUGAAACUGGAGAUUCAUUCACAGGACUUGAACUAGAACUUUUAAAAAAUUUUCCUGUGUUCCCACAAUGGAAUAUUUAUGUGAAUAUCAAAUUAUUAUGUGCAUAUCUGAAGUCUGAACAGGACAUUUUUAACAGGAAAUUCAAACCCUUGCUGUCGACAAAGAAAGGUUAACCCAGAAAUAGGAUAAUAACAAAUUACUGGUACAUUUAAGUUUUGUCUAAUUUCAUUUUCCAACAAGUGAAUGUCUGCGUUUAUAUCAGAAGUUACAAAAUAUUUAGAAGUAUUAUAUCCUUGCAUGAACGAUUCUUUCCAUAUAGAGGGCACAAUAUGUUUGUUGGAAAACACAUAAGCCCCAGACAGAAGUAAGAAUGUGUUUACAUGACAAACACUCACAUCGCGAUAGGGCUCGGCAUGUUUCCUCGUCAGACUGUGGUAAGGAACAUUCUCAUCAUUUCUCUGUGUUUAAAUGGUGUUUCCCGACAAACAGGAGGAAGCUUGCCCCUUUUUCUUCUGAUAAAGUCAGAUACAGAUGUUCAUGUUACCUGUCGAGCAAUAGGAGCUUCUCCGUUUACACAUUAGCAUCAUGAGAUAUAAAAUGAGUUUCCUGUCGGAGGAUUUGGAUGGAUGUGACAGCAAUGUCUGCCAAAGAGAGCUUAGAUCAUGUUUUUUCUUGAGAGGGAAAUUGAUGGGGCCUUCUGUUUUACUUGAAGUUUUGCCUUCUGUGUUGAACCAUGUUUAGGAAGGGUUGUUUUUUUUUUUGUUUUUUUUCCUCCAGCGUCAUGUCCACUCUCACCUGAAAAUGAAUGACAAGGCACUAUCAACACUAAGAAUCAGUCCACAUGAAUGUAUCUGUUCUUUGCUUCUUCUUACUCGACUACAACAGUGUGAAACUCUUCAAUGUAUGCAUGGGUUUGUGCAUGAGUCUGUGUGUGUGUGUGUGUGUGUGUGCGUGUGUGUAUAAACUGGAGUGACCUCUAAACAUCUGGUAAUGAGUCGGAGAACAGCCAUAGAAGGCCUCCCCUCUGACCAGUCUCUUUAAUUAUAGCAGUCAUCAUGGGGAGAAACAGGCAGAGUAAAGAAGAAAGAAAAUUUGGCUGUUUGGACUCCUUAGAGGAAAAAACCCGAGAGAGACGGAGAGGAAAGGGAUGAUUUAGGCUUCAUACAAGGAUACAUAGUGUUCUGCAUCUUGCCUCUGUGAUUUGCAAGUCCCAGAUGUAAAGAUGGCACUCACACAGGCUUUCCCCCUGAGAGCUAUUGAGUGACGCUCCUGGGGGUGAAGACAUUUGGUGCUAAAACGUAACAAUAAGACCCUCAGUCAGCCUUCCCUCUCUUGCUCUCUCUCUCUCUCUCUCUCUCUUUUGGUCUCUUGCACUCUCACUCAGCAAGCAGUCUCUGCAAAUGACAUUCAUAACUGCUCCUUUUCCCUCUUACUUAUCAUGUGCAGCUGCUCACUGGAAAUGCCCGCAGAGUUUUGAAGAUUGCGUCGAAAUGAGCUAAGUUAGAGAUGCCCGAUGGGGUAAUCAAACUCCCUCUGUGUGUGUGUGUGUGUGUGUGUGUGUGUGCGCGCGCCUCUAUGAUGAUUGAUUUAUUAAAGUCUUCAAAGAAACCACAUUGUCUGCACAGGCACUGUAAGUCACAAGCUUAAAGAAUAACUACUCCUAUUUAAAGGGGUUGUGACCAGUCAACACUGAAUGUACAAUGUUGCUGUUAAACUCUAAGACAUGUUGAUAUGACUGUACACAUCGCAGAAAAAAAGAGCCUAUUCUUAUUCUUGGUAUUAAAAAAAAAAAAUAGAAAUACAGUCUCAUACUUUCAUGAAAGAUCUCUAGAAAUUGUUUUACAAUACCAUCACCGACACCUUUUGUCAUUAAACACUGCUGAAGAAAUAGCAUUAAGUCUAUGCAUUUAUUGUAUUUUUUUUAACUGAGUAUAUACCUCAAGUUUAACAGAGAAAGAUGCUUAUAGAAGACAAAUGCUUUCUAUAUGCCAAUAUAUUAUCAUAAAUCAUAAAUUCAGAUGGCAUGCGGUAAUAGUAAAGAAAAAAGUUGUGACUCAGUAAUGGAGAAAUGAUGAUAAAUUAUCCAGAGGUAUAUGGUUAAAAAUGUAAAUGGGGUAUUUGGAUAUUGUAUAUCAGUCACAUUCAUGGAUGGAUUACCAAACGGACCUACUGGGCACAGAGACCUAUGUGAAGUGACUGACUGAAUGAAUGUUUCUUGCUUGAAAGACAAAGAGCUCAAUUAAAAGACACAAAAUGACAAAAAGACGUGCAAAACAUUCACAGGUGGAAAAACGAUUGCAAAGAAAUGAAAAACGAUAAUAAAGAGACACAAAAAUCCCACUGAGAUGUUAGAUAAUAAAGAGAUGAAAAAUUAUCAUAAAGAGGUUGCUUUGUUUAUGGCCAUUUUGUGUCUCUUUCAGUCUGGGGGUCCUAUAUUAGAGGGGUGGGGUGCCUCUUUCCUGUUUGUCCCCACAGGCCCAUUUUCUCAUAAUCCCUCCAUUAUGAGAAAAUGGGCCCUAUUUAAGAGCAGGACUAUGUAACCUCUGCUGAACAGUGGGGAUAAUGUUAAAGGGAUAAUGUUAAAUUAUAAAUCACUGUGAAGCAGUUGAGGAAACAUAAGAAAAUUUUUUUUUUUUUUCAAAAGUUACAUGUCUUUAUAGUAUUUCGCUCUAAUAACACCUCACACUAUGAUGUGGUCCAGGAAGCUGCUCUGACUAUAUAUGGUGCAGCAGCAGGAUUUGCCUUGAGAUGAAAAUUAAGUUUUAAGGUUAAGGAGGUGACAACAAUGUUAAACAAGCUUAAAAAUAAUGCCCCCAUUAUUAUAUUACAUAAUUGGAGAAGCUGAAAGGCAGAGUCGCUGACCUCCUGAAAUUGUUUACUUGGUCCUCCAGCAGCCCUUGCAUCAGUAACUGGGGGCACCUGAAGCAUGAUAGAGGAAAACACUUCUGUGUUAGCUCAAAGCUAAUUAAUUUACCCAGACUAGCCCCACAUUGGUUGGCAAGAAGAUUUAACUAGGUAGGGAAAUCCUCCCAAAUAAGCUUGUUUUUUUGCUUUGUGCAGUAGAAAAACUGACUGUUGCACAGACCAUGCACAUGUUUAUCUACGGAUACAAAACUGGGGACAAACUUCAAUGUCUCAAAUAAUUCAUUAUCGUUUAUUUCUUCCAAUCUUUCUUAUGUUUGCACCAAAACUUUAUGCCUCGCAGUGCUGAUGUAAUAUUUUUGAAAACUUCAAAUUUUCAUCAGUGGCAUUUCUGUCUGCAGCUGUGCUUACUUCUGCCUGUGGAAAUAAACUGGUUUCACUUGCAAAGUGGCUGAUUUGACAGCCUUUUCUAGAUUUUGGGCUGUCAGCCACUGAAAGAAUGUGUAGAGAAAACAGGAAAAGCACCCCCCCCCCC